AUGUCUCUAAACAGAGUAAUUUCCCUUGAAUCGUGGGAUUACCGCCCCUCCUCAUUCCGCCAUCGGGAGAGGCCGAACCUAGACCAUGGAGACAAUGCCUCUGCGGAAGAGAGAGAAGAGAACGAUUCCUUUUCCAAUGCCAGAACGCGGUUGGCUCAAGUGCGACCUGCCGACUCUCAAAACUCAGUUAGACGAAAGCUAAGUUUUAACCCGGCUGCUGGGCCGCCAUGGACUCAUGCGACAGUGGAUGAUGAUGGUGACGACGAUGACGACAAUGAUGAUGAUCAAGAUGAAGAAUGUCAACGAAGUCUACUAUCAAUAUCAGAUGAUGACAGCGCUCUUAUGCCCAACGACACUGGCUCGGACGGGUCUGACACUUUAGCUGCCUUUGAGAUACCAAGAUGGAAACGCAUUGCUCAAGUUACCGUAGCAGUAUUGAAUUGCUUGCUUUCUGCCGGAGUGAUAUUUGGAUAUGCUGCGCUCAAGCCGAUCCUCGUAGAAGAGGGUGUAUAUAGAAAUCGAUGCAGCAAGGAAGAGCUUGACAGAGGGGAAUCCCUCUGUUACAACCAGGAUCUCAGGUUAAACUUCAUGUUCACUCUCUCAGCUGUUGCAACCAAUAUUUCUGCCCUUCCAGUUGGCAGCAUACUCGAUACUUUUGGCCCACGUUUCAGCGGUAGUAUUGGAAGUAUCCUCAUCGCACUCGGAUCGCUUUGUCUUGCUCUCGCCUCUCUAUUACCAUUCGAUACAUACGUCGCCGGCUUUUUUCUUUUGGCCCUUGGUGGCCCCUUUGUUUUUAUAUCCGCCUUCCAGCUCUCCAACACAUUCCCCACGCAUUCUGGUCUUAUUUUGGCAAUUCUCACGGGCGCGUUUGACUCGUCGAGCGCCAUUUUUCUCCUUUUCCGAAUCCUCCAUGGCGGAUUCUUCACGCUCCGGAACCUAUUUCUUAUGUAUCUUAUUGUUCCCGCAGUUAUCCUCGCUUCCCAGAUUCUUCUUAUGCCAUCAACUUCGUACAAAACAGCAGGAGAACUUAUACAGCAAAAAGAAGACGUUAUAGCGGAAAACGCCACUGACGGCCCACCGGAGGGCUCCCUCUCCCGCAUGAAAGCCCGGCGUUCCAACAGCGUCUGGGGCGUCCUGCACAUGGCCUCUGCUCUCCAACAAAUCCGUUCCCCCUAUUUCAUCUUAAUGACCUCCUUCGCCAUCCUCCAAAUGCUACGCAUAAACUACUUCAUCGCCAGCAUAGGCCUGCAAUACGAAUCCCUCCUCUCAUCCCCGCAACUCGCGAACCAUUUAAACCACCUCUUCGACCUUUUCUUACCGCUGGCAGGCAUCGUGGCAAUACCAUUUACCGGCCUAAUCCUCGAUAGAGCAAGUACCGUCACUGCAGUAGCCACGCUCGUCUGCUUCUCCACGCUCGUCGGCAUCCUGGGCUGUAUUCCCCACAGCCUGCUGGCAGCAUACGCAAACGUUACGCUCUUUACGCUCUACAGACCCUUCUGCUACGCCUCCAUAUCUGACUAUGCAGCAAAGGUCUUCGGUUUCCAGACCUUUGGUAAAGUCUACGGGCUCAUGAUAUGCCUUGCCGGAUUGGGUAAUUUCCUACAGUUACCGCUAGAUAUACUGACGAUGAAGCUGUUCCGGCGUGACCCAAUUCCGGUGAAUAUCCUACUGACGAUUGUGGUGUUCGUAGCGGGAGGGAUUUUGGUUUUGUUUGUGUGGUGGCGGGGUAGGGAGCGGAUGGGGAUUGUUGAUGUUGUUGUUGAGAAUGGUGAGCUGGGAGGGGUUCACAGUGUUCGUCAUGCUCCGUCGCGGAAACGUAGAUCGAGGAGGGAAAUUGGGCGUUCAGUUGAUCUUGGCGAGGACGAUAGUGAUGGCGGGCCUAGUGAAAGAGAUAGGCUGCUCACCGCUUCCCAUAGGGAGGACGGGAAUGGCUCUGCUUGUGUGUAUUUGGUAUAA